GUCGCCUUGACGACCGCGACAAGAUGGCGACCCUGCCGGGCGGGAUUCAAGGGCUGUACCCCGAGGCGCUGAGCCCCGAGCAGCUGGAGAAGCUGCGCGGCUUCAAGAUUCAGACUCGGAUUACUAAUGAAAAGUACCUAAGGACCCACAAAGAAGUGGAGUUGCUCAUAAGUGGUUUCUUCAGAGAAAUGCUUUUGAAAAGACCAGACAACAUUCAAGAAUUUGCUGCAGGGUCAUCUGGAAGCGAGAGAGCCCUGUUGCCAUCAGUGUGGGUUUCCGGGCUGUGUCUGCUGUUGCAAAGGCUUUUAAAGAUGCUCAUUAAAAACAGACCUCCCUGUUCUCUCUGCUUUAUUUCACUUAGAAGGAAGAAGACAUCCUUCACGGGAGGCUGCUCUGCCCCCACUCUGACCGGUAAAUACAUGGGAUUGGGACUGCUGAGUUAAAUGGUAAGUGUAUAUUUAACUUUGUAAGGAAUUGCCAAAUUCUUUUUCUUUUUUUAAUUAAUUUUAUUUAUUUUUGGCUGCAUUGGGUCUUCAUUGCUUGUGCGUGGGCUUUCUCUAGUUGCGGCGAGUGGGGGCUACUCUUCAUUGCAGUGUGCGGGCUUCUCACUGCGGUGGCUUCUCUUCUUGCGGAGCACGGGCUCUAGGCGCACAGGCUUCAGUAGUUGUGACUCAUGGGCUCUAGAGUGCAGGCUCAGUAGUUGUGGUGCAUGGGCUUAGCUGCUCCGCGGCAUGUGGAAUCUUCCCGGACCAGGAAUCGAACCCAUGUCCCCUGCAUUGGCAGGCAGAUUCUUAACUACUCUGCCACCAGGGAAGUCCACCAAAUUUUUUUUCAAAGUGGCUACCCCAUUUUGCAUUCCUACCAGCAGUGUAUAACCAGUUUCUCUGUAUCCUCACCAGGAUUUGGUGGUGUCACAAUUUUUUAUUUUAGCCAUUCUGAUAGGUAUAUAGUAAUAUUUCAUUGUGUUUUUAAUUUGUAUUUUUCUGGAUAAUUAUCUUGAACAUCUUUUCAUGUGCUUCCUUUCCCUUGAUAAUAUCCUUUUUGGUGAAAUAUAUGUUCAUGUCUUUUGCCCGUUUUCUGAUUGGACUGUUUGUGGAUUUUUUUACUUUGAGUAUUUAUUUAGAUAUGUUAGACAUAUGGUUUGCAAAUAUUGUUCCCCAGUAGCUUGUCUUUUCAUCCCCUUCACGUGGGCUUUCCAGGAGCACAAGUUUUUAAUUUUGAUGAGGUCUGAAUUCUUGGUUUUUCCUUUUAUAGAGCAUGCUUUUGGUGUCAAAUUUAAGAACUCUAAUUCCACGUCUUGAAGAUU